UUUGAAACAUGUCGCUUAGUUUUGUCGCUCAUUUUGUCGCUCAGUUCAGUGAUCCACCUCUGGACGCCCAAACUGUGUUUUCCUGGCCAAUUUGGCAAUGAUUCUACGACAGAAGCUUCAUGGAGUAAUCUUGAGUACCCAAAGAUGCAUUUUCACCUCUAUUUACAGAAAUCUCUCAUUGGGAUGCAGAGAAAUCAGAGAACGAGAAAUCACGCAGGAUGCCAAGAAAUCCAUUGAAAAUCACUGGAAGGAAGUUGUGAGUCGUGGAGAGUUCAAUGAGGAGGCUCCUGGGGAGAAGCACUAUGUCUUGUCGAUGUUUCCCUACCCUUCAGGGAAUCUGCACAUGGGACAUGUCCGGGUGUACACGAUAAGUGAUGCCAUGGCGAGAUUUUUUCGCAUGUGCGGAAAGAAUGUUCUUCAUCCAAUGGGAUGGGAUGCAUUUGGACUUCCGGCGGAGAAUGCAGCACGUCAACGGGGAAUCCCAGCGAAUCAAUGGACGGAAAGUAACAUCCGGAAUAUGAAGCAGCAGCUGCAGCGUUUGGGAUGUUCAUUCGAUUGGCGUCGGGAGGUGGCUACAUGUCAUCCAGGCUACUACAAGUGGACACAGUACCUCUUUGUGCGUCUCUUCCGGGAGAGAUUAGCCUACCAGAGGGAAGCUCUUGUGAAUUGGGAUUCCGUAGAUGAGACUGUUCUUGCCAAUGAGCAAGUAGAUGCAAAUGGAUGUAGUUGGCGGUCGGGGGCGAAAGUAGAGAAGCGUCUACUUAAGCAAUGGUUCAUCCGGACAACGAGAUUCUCAAAGGAACUCCUGGAGGGUCUGGACAAUCCCAUCUUGGAGGAUUGGAAAGACAUUGUGAACCUCCAGAAGCACUGGAUUGGUGAAUGUGAUGGAUAUUCAUUUGAUUUUCCUAUUUUGAGCUGCCUUCCUGGCCAGAAACCUCCCAUUUCUGUGCUAAGUAUCUGGAUUGAGCGUCCGGAAAUGAUUAAAAUUUCUUCCUUUGUUGGAGUCUCUCCUAGUCAUCCACUAGCAGCUCAUUGCAGUAACCUUGUUGCUGUGAAUCCUUUCACAGGGCAGAAAAUCCCUCUCCUGGUGGCGGAAGAUUCACAUUUCCAACCAGGAUGUGAUGUUUUUCUGGGAAUCCCAACCAUCAGGGAGGCAGACAAGCAGCUAGCUCACAAUGCUGGUAUUGAAAUUCACACAAAAAGCAUUCCCAAAGCCUCAGAAGCAGAAGAAGUCAUCAGAGAAGCGAGGAAAUUGGGAAUUGGUGGUUUUCCGGUGAGUUCAAAGCUUAAGGAUUGGGCAAUCUCACGGCAGAGACUGUGGGGAACGCCAAUUCCCAUUAUUCACUGCCCAGCAUGUGGCCCUGUGCCAGUUCCGGAAGAUUCCCUCCCAGUCACCCUUGAGAUGGUUCAGGAAGAGAAAGCUCCAUGCCCGGAGUGUGGGCAGGAAGGGAAGAGAGAGAAGGACACAAUGGAUACAUUUAUAGAUAGUUCUUGGUACUUCCUUCGCUUCCUGGAUCCAAGAAAUGACAGAGAAAUCUUCCGGAAAGACAUUGCCGGAAGUACAAUGCCGGUGAAUCUCUAUAUUGGUGGGAAGGAACAUGCUGUUGUUCAUCUAUACUAUGCACGCUUUAUGAAUCACUUCCUCCACUCAUUAGGGCUUGUCCCUCAUCCUGAACCCUUCCGGAGGCUUCUUGUUCAGGGAAUGGUAAUGGGAAAGGCGUUCUGUGUGAAGGAAUCCGGGAAGUAUCUUUCAGAAAGUGAGGUGGAGAUUAUCGAUGAGAAGCACAAUAAGGCCGUAGAGAGAGCCACCGGAAAGCCCGUCCGGAUGUCCUGGGAGAAAAUGUCUAAAUCCAAGUUCAAUGGAGUCAAUCCGGAGGAUGUAAUCGAUGAAUUGGGCAUUGAUACCACACGCUUAGUCAUCCUCGGUGAUGCUGCGCCGUUUACACAGAGAAAUUGGUCCAGGACAACCUUUCCGGGAAUGAUAAAUUGGCAACGGCGCCUAUGGAUGACCGUUCAUGACUUUUGUCACCUCCGAGAGGAAGCUUCUGCGGGAAGAAUUAUCUCAAAGAGUCCGGAAUUUGCUGAGGAGGAAGCAAAAAUCUCAGAUGCGAGAAAUUUCUACGUUCAAGGGACGACUUUUCACUUCCGCCACACACAUAUGCUGAGUGAUGCCAUCCGGAAGAUGCAGGGACUCACCAAUUCCAUCCGCAGAGUUCCUCAGGAUGUCAUGCAGUCUAGUGGGGAAUUUCAGCGCGCUCUUGCUGCACAAAUUGCAAUGCUCGCCCCCAUAGCGCCGCAUUUUGCCUCAGAAUUGUGGGUGAGAUUUGCAGCAGUUGCCCAGAAGGAUGAAUUUGUUAAUUUGACGGAUGAUGUGCUGCAGCAAAAGUGGCCGGAAGUUGAUCAGGAGUACGAAUUGGGGUUGGUAGUGAAGGUGAAUGGCCUUGAAUUGGCCACAGAGAAAUUUCCCAGGAAGAUUCUGGACAGGAUGAGUAAGGAGGAAGCCACCCAGGUUGCUCUGAGGCAGCCCAAAGUGAUCAGAUUUAUUAAGGAAAAGAAGAUUUUCAGCACGGAAGUUGUAUUUUAUCCUGGAUGCAGGGUUGUGGCGAAUAUGAUUGUUGAGAGGAGUUCCGGGAAGAAGAAGGAAGAAGCGGAAAAGAAGCAAAAGGUACAACAGGAGCAAUGUUAGAGGAAAGAAGAUUUUUAGAGGAAGAGAUAAUAAAAUGAAGAAGAAAAUAAGAAAAUUCUUUUAUUCCUUAAAAUUUCAGGAAGUUCUGCUGGCUCCUGCAAGGAAGUAAUCCUGCUCCCAAACAUUUAAAGUCCUUCCGGGCAUUUCUUUCAGCUAUUCGCAGGCUGUGUGGGCGUUCGGCGGGCAAAGUAAUCAAGUGAAAAUUAUGCCAACAACCAGGUUAAUGAUUUUUUAAUGAUCUGCCCUCGAUGGGAUCAUAAAUCACGUCAAACUGAGACGGAGGAUUUGCAUAAAGAAGUCAGCAGCAGCGAGGUAUAAAAGAACCUCCUCCAAUUCUUGUCUUCAGUAAGCAAAGCAAUGAAUUCCCUUCAAGUUAUCCUCCUCGUGGUCAUCAGCUGCAGUGUGGCUCUAGCUGAGCCUAUCAAUCGUGCCAAGCACUCCCGGACAAGCAAGGAAGAGCCCAAGAAGGUGGAAGCAGCCCAGGAGAAGCAAUUCUUCAUGGAAGGUAGUGGUGGCUUCCCAUCUGGCUUCUCUGGAGGAAGUUUCCCGGAUUUCGCAAGCCCCGGAGGCUUCUACGCUUCUGGUCAGGAAGAUUUUGAUUUUGAACCUCAAUCGAGGGAUAUGAUUUGCUUAAUUGGUGGGAAUUUCCUAUGCCAGAAGCUCUGCAGAAAAUGGCAGGCAAAGGAUGGCUCAUGCGAAGCCGGGACUAAUAAUUGUAAAUGCCAGUAGAGAAGCCUUCAUCAGCCCUCUGACAAAAAUGGUGGUGGAUCAAUAAAGAUUUAAUGCAAAGAAAA